AUGUCUUCUGAAAAACCUGUCUCCAAAUACUUGUUAGAACACCCUGAAUCAAACCCAGCCCAGGCCUGGGUUGCAGACAGGGUUGCCACUCGACCUGCCCUUGCCGCUUUGACGGGACUGUUGGCUUCAUUUCCAGUGAUCAAGGUGUUUGCUUCAAACGCUGUUCCAUUGAUUAUGUGGCGUGAAGGUAGAGCUCAACCAACAAAUGUUAGAUAA